CAGUGAGUUAGGACCUCCUGGGUGUGUCUCGGUCCUCACCCCGGGCUCUGGGGCGCCCCACGCCACUGCGCUCGCGGUGUCCCUGUGGCCUGAAGCCCCUGGCGGGUCGCGGUGGCCCGGGCAUCGCCCGCUUCCGGGACCCCUCUCUCCCCAGGACCGCAGGGCUGCUAGGAGCAUGACCUCACUAUGCGGACCAUCAGCAACACCUGCAGGUUUGACUUACAUGAUUUUGGCCUGACUUCCACAAUGGUUUGUUCUUGGGACAAGACAUGACCAAAAGUUGACCUCAUGAGUACGCCAACCUCCCCAGCUGCCAUGCUUCUCCGGAGGCUGCGGCGACUGUCCUGGAGCAGCACUGCUGUCCAGCUCUUCAUCCUAACUGUGGUGACAUUUGGUCUUCUGGCCCCCCUGGCCUGUCACCGGCUCCUUCACUCCUACUUCUAUCUGCGCCAUUGGCAUCUAAAUCAGAUGAGCCAAGAGUUCCUGCAGCACAGUCUGAAGGAGGGGGAAGCUGCCCUGCACUACUUUGAGGAGCUGCCCUCUGCCAACGGCUCGGUGCCUAUCGUCUGGCAGGCCACCCCUCGCCCCUGGCUGGUGAUCACCAUCAUCACUGUGGACAGGCAGCCUGGCUUCCACUAUGUCUUGCAGGUGGUGUCCCAGUUUCACCGGCUUCUGCAGCAAUGUGGCCCCCAGUGUGAGGGGCACCAGCUCUUCCUGUGCAACGUGGAACGGAGCGUGAGCCAUUUGGAUGCAAAGCUGCUCUCCAAAUAUGUCCCUGUGGCUAACCGCUAUGAGGGCACUGAGGAUGAUUACGGUGAUGAUCCUUCGACCAACUCAUUUGAGAAAGAGAAGCAAGACUAUGUCUAUUGCCUGGAAUCAUCACUGCAGACCUACAACCCAGACUAUGUCCUCAUGGUGGAAGAUGAUGCCAUUCCAGAAGAGCAGAUCUUCCCCGUGCUGGAGCACCUUCUGAGGGCCCGCUUCUCUGAGCCGCAUCUGCAGGAUGCCCUGUAUCUAAAGCUCUAUCACCCCGAGAGGCUGCAGCACUACAUCAAUCCAGAGCCCAUGAGGAUCCUGGAGUGGAUUGGUGUGGGCAUGUUGCUGGGGCCUGUGCUAACCUGGAUAUACAUGAGGUUUGCCUGCCGUCCAGGCUUUAGCUGGCCUGUCAUGCUCUUCUUCUCUCUGUAUAGCAUGGGGUUGGUGGAGCUGGUGGGUCGGCAUUAUUUCCUGGAACUGCGGCGCCUGAGUCCUUCCUUGUAUAGUGUGGUUCCUGCCUCUCAGUGUUGUACCCCAGCCAUGCUGUUUCCUGCCCCUUCAGCCCGCCGGACCCUCACCUACCUGUCCCAAGUGUACUGCCACAAAGGCUUCGGCAAGGACAUGGCACUGUACUCACUGCUAAGAGCCAAGGGGGAGCGGGCCUAUGUGGUGGAGCCCAACCUAGUGAAACACAUUGGGCUCUUCUCCAGCCUCCGGUACAACUUUCAUCCCAGGCUACUCUAGGGUUGCCAAGUAACACCUUUCUGUCAUUGGCCACCUCCUGGAGAAUCACAUACUGAACUCUUUAUUUAGACAUGUUUGCUUGCAAAUAUUGUUUAAUGUUGCUAGGUAUAAAAGGCGCUGGGACAGCUGAGGAAUCGCACAUAGGAGCCUUGGCUGGAAAUUCCCCCAGCAGGAGCAGCAGUUUGCCACUGGUCUGGACUUCUCUCCCUCCACACAGCCACACUGCCUCAUGCAGUCUGUCUACCCAAUGAGGGUGCAUGUAAUACCACUUAUAUCCUCCCAUUGUUUGUAAGCUCUGCCUUGUGAUAGAGCUUGUAACUGCCAAAAAUCUUGUGCACAGUGGUUUAAGAUUUUGUGUUCGGUUUCAAGGGUAGAAUUUGGUGAACAGUGAGAUGCUUUUGAAUGGAUUUCUUUCUCAUGAGAUGAGAAUGGAUGUGUAUUUAGAAUAUAUACCCAAAGAGGCAGAACCUUGUUGACAUAAUCUAUUUGUUUUCCUUAACCUGGUGUAAUAAAAGUAUAAAAGCUG